AUGGCUGCCUUCAAUUUUGAAGCCUUCUCAUUGACGCCCCAGGGCUCUACCAUCAGUGCCGCCCCUCGCCCCGCUGCCCCUGCCAUCGACAGGACCGUUCAGCAGCAAUGUGGCAGUUUCGGUUAUGGCAAUCGUGCAUUCCAGUUCGACUUUGCGUCCCUGGAGUCGCUCCCCGAGGACGCGAACCCCGGCUUGACCGAGGUUCUCACCGCCAAGUACUGGAAUCACUUCUCGAUCCAGCUCGGUCACUGGAACACACUCAAGGUUAUCGUCCUUGACGCUCAGAUGUUCAGCAUCAUGCCCGACCACACCAAGAAGGGCGUUCUCAAUACAAUGAAGUCGUACUUGGGUGGCGCUGAUGCCAUGUAUGCCCGCGAUGCCGACAAUGGUCAGGUUGUUAUCCUCGGCCCUCGCAGGCUUAUGGAGUCGAACAUCACCAUAGUCGGUAGCACCACCGUUUGGGAUCCCAAAAAGAGGCAUGUUCAGGCCACUGCCGAGGCCAAGAUUCCCCGCCCCCCUAACGCCUACAUUCUUUACCGCAAGGAUCAGCAGGCUGCGCUUAAGGCGGCUAACCCUGGCAUCCCCAACAAUGACAUUUCCGUCAUGACUGGUGGCAUGUGGAAGAAAGAGUCCCCCGAAGUUCGCGCCGAGUACCAGAGACGUGCGAGUGAGAUCAAGGCGAAACUGAUGUCGGCUCACCCUCAUUAUCGCUAUGUGCCUCGUCGAUCUUCUGAGAUCCGCCGCCGCGCUCCCCGCCGUAACCGAGCACAGGAAGUCGCCAAUGCUUCCCCGAUCGGGGAGAACUCGGGUGCCCCUAUCGUAGGCAAUCCUAUUGUCACCACCAUGGAGCAACAGCAGCCCCUUCCUGACAUCAGUAUUGCCCCUAACCAGGAGAUCACCAAGGACAACGAUGUCAGCCAUCUCAUCGACCCUCCCCAUGUCUUCUCUGGUCAGAUUACUGAGCUCAUGCCCGAUGUGGCGAACUUCCUGCCUCCUAUGAUACGCGAAGGCUGGUCUCCUCUUCAUGACUUCCGCGCUGUUCUGAAUGGACACACUGGAAACAAUGGAGUCGACUGUGCUCUUACUCCAGAGUCUGAAUCCCAGGAUGACUUUGUCGGUACUCCCUCCUCCACGAUGCCUGACAACAGUGCCUUCGAUUGGAUCACUGGAACGGAGGAGGAUUUGGCCCAAAUCUUCGGUCAAUUCUGA